AUUUGAUUCCAUCGGACGCUUGACAGGUUGAAAGCGAUACGAGAAAGAGCAACACGAUGUGGAACAUAGCCCUAUUCCUCACAUUAUUGGUAACACUUUGCCUCCUUCCAACGGCCUACGGUAACGAAGCAAUCGGCCGAGGGUACUACCUCAACGGCGUCGACUUCAUCGCCAAACCGCUGUCCGGAAGUGCAGGAAAACAAGUGUUUGAUGACGUCAGCAUUAAUUGUGUGGAGGAGCCGGCGAAGGAGCGGAGGACCGGGCAGACGGAGACGUAUUACGGCAGCAAUGAGGAUUUCUAUAGCAACACGGCGUUCGCCGUCGGCCUAGAGGAAGAUGUGAACUUGGCGUACACGUUCGAAAGCACGUUGCAGGCGUUAUCUCACAAUAGCGCGGCCGAUAAGCUGAACGGGUACCUCAUGGACUACCACUCUUACAUCAAGAGCAAACAGAUCAUACCAAGAUGUCUGAAGAACUUCGAGCCGACAGAGGAGUUCAGUGACGAUUUUGAUGCUCUACCCAGUAAGGUCUCUAAUCCCGGGAGCCCUGCCUCGUGGGCAAAGUACAAGUCAUUCCUGAGAAAAUAUGGAUCGCACGUGGUGAAGGAAGUGAUUUAUGGAGUAUCAUUACAAAUCUAUUACUUUGCUGAUGAGGCUCGUAAAUACACAUCUAGUGAUUACAGGGUUUACGCGUGUGAAAAGCUGGCGGCUCCGCAAUCAAACAGCGCCGACUUCAUGAACGUUUGCUUCAAAGUCACGAAUAAGGAAAAGCAAGAAGCGGCGAACUUCGAAAUCUCCGAGAAGAAGGUUAUACGCGGUGGCACGGAGAGCACGCGGAGCAAGCUUCUAACAGGGGUUACGCAGUCGCUGAUUAACACAUUCACGGAGGACGAAGCUGACAACCACGCCACCGCUGUUCAGUACAAAUUCAUCGCAAUUUGGGACCUCUUGUCACUCAAAUACCUCGAGCCUGAGGAUAAAACUAAGACGGUCAACCUGAAAACUUACUAUGAGAAGUAUGCAGACUAGAAGCCUCUGAACAGCGGUAUUUGCAUUGGUCUUAGGCGCGCGCAACUUGGGCAAGUCACUCAAUGCAUUCUGGGAUUACUGUAUUAGCAGCAUACCUUGAAUAAAAGAGAAUACAAAUUUUA